ACCACAUACGCCGAAACCUACGCGUAAGUACCCUGAUAUUACUCACAGGAGGUAAACCCCACUGAUGAAACUUGAAGACUACCUUCCAAUUACCCCUGCGACAACACCAUUCAAGAAAACAGUGGAUCUUGCGCAGUAUGGUGGCGACAUGCAGCCAACCCCUACCAAGGAGCAGAGAUUGUCUGUUCCCGUUUCAACCCAGCCGUCGUACAUGCAACGUGCUAAGUCUCUCCAAGGAGUGGCUGGGACGACCUUCUCCCAGCAAAAGAUUGAUAUGCCCUCCCCCCCCAAUACAGCCUCCUUUGAAGUGGAUAGUUUCGAUAUGUUUGACUGCCAGCAGGGUUCCAGUUUCGAAAUUUCAAAGUCUGAAAGUUUUUCAUCUAACCACUCUUCAACGUCGUCGUCAGCUACAUCCCCUUUCAACUCCUCAUCAGACCUUGCCUCCAUGCCGCAUCUUGCGGGCAGUGGGAAGGCGCAGAAGAUGCCUAUUUACCCUGCAACGCCUAGCCGUAUGGCUUCAAAGAAGACACCAAGUGCUCCCCCUAGCUCGGCCAAACCCAAACUUUCUCCGAGGGUAGCAUCUAUCGACAGCCUCAAUCUUGACGCCAGGGUCAAUGCCUCUAUCAAAGAAACCGGUGUCACCAUUGACGAGAUAGCGUCAUACAUCCAUGGUCCUGACCCAGAAGAUGGAAAAUGGGUAUGCCUACACCCCGGUUGCGAACGUCGGUUUGGAAGGAAAGAGAACAUCAAGUCCCAUGUCCAAACACACCUUGGAGAUCGUCAAUACAAGUGUGGUCACUGCGAUAAAUGCUUCGUCCGCGGACACGAUCUUAAGCGCCACGCCAAGAUACACACCGGUGAUAAACCAUAUGAAUGCCUCUGCGGUAAUGUGUUCGCCCGACAUGAUGCUUUGACUCGGCAUCGGCAACGGGGCAUGUGUAUUGGCGGCUACAAGGGCAUUGUGCGCAAGACCACCAAACGCGGUCGUCCGAGAAAGCACCGGCCUGAAAUGGAUGAGAGACAAGAGAAGUCCUCCAGGACGCGCCAGAGAAUCGCCGAAAAGUCCUCGUUUGACUCUUCUGGAUCAGACACCUCGCGCAAUUCGCCGCCCUCAGACGUCUUCGAAAACAUGAGCCUUCAGGGUUCUAGUCCGGUGGGAGAGAUGCAGAUGUUUGGCAAUGUUAAUUAUUCAUUACCCCCGGAGGUCCUGACUUUCACCCCUCCUGCCUCCCCUGGAGGUAGCAUACGAAACAGGCCAUCACCUGCCCACAGUCAGCGGUCGAUCACACCCAGCACGGAGGACGAAAUGCCACCUUUGUCUCCAUCCAAACGACCCUUAGAAAGAAUCAUCGAGGAGUCCAGUCUACCUCUAAUUUCGGACCCUGAAGCCUGCCCCUACACAAAUGCUACAAGCUCGACGGUUCAUGUCCUGUCUUCUCCACACACCGCACCCACUCUGACCGACUCCUCAAAUGGCUCAGACCUAGACAUCUUCAUCAACCAAGAUCCAUCUACAAGCUUCAGCAAGCACGAGUUCCCUGGCUUGACUGAUCCCGACAUGGCGGCAUUUCCUGAUUAUGUGAACGGUCCCGCUUUUGACAACGGCAUGGAUUUGUUUCAAGGCAAAGGUUUCUCUACCGGUCCCUCAAUGGGUGACGAUUUCUUUUCUUUCCAAUUCCAAAUGGACGAGCAACCAUCGGACGUUAUGACAAGGGAAUUCUUCUUGGAAUGAAGGACUCGCAGACGACAACUUAUAGACACGAAAAAACAUGGAUGGAGACUGACGACGCAACGACACUUGACUAAUGGUGAAUGUGAGCAACUUUCAUGACUGAGAUAUAGACGACCGGAAACCUUGCAUAUGACAAACCAACUCUCAAAAAUGGCACGACGAAACUAUGUACAAUUUAUGACUCAUCAAAACUUUCCAAUGAUCAACUUCCACUAUCAACGACCUUUGUGACAGAACUUUUCGGGCAUUUCGAUCUUUCUUUCUUUUUCUCUCAAUGUGGUUACAUUUUCAUUUUGCUUUUUAUGUGACUUGCUCAGCGACACAUGUACGACAACUUCUGGGACUUGCGGGAACAACUUUGGACAAUUUAUACGGAGUUCUGCAGGUCAUCCUUUCCUUUGUUAUGCUUCACGCCCUAUAUUCCUUCGUUCUUUUUAUUCACGAGUUUAUAUGACGUUCAUGUGAUUUGCUUUUUAAGACUCGAAGACUGUACUAAAUGGGUAUGAACUGUUUGCUGCUGGAUACGUCGUCGUUCUUGGUGGCCAUGCCCACCUGUACUUUAGGCCUGCAAUAGAUCCACUGAAUAAAAA